AUGCAGCAGAAACAAGAAGCUGGAUGGGGAGCGAAGAGCACAGAGGGAGAGCGUGGGGGCGGGGGUCUCUAUCCAUGCAGAAUGUUGGUGGCAGAAAUGUUGGUGGCAGAAAUGUUGGUGGCAGAAAUGUUGGUGGCAGAAAUGUUGGUGGCAGAAAUGUUGGUGGCAGAAAUGUUGGUGGCAGAAAUGUUGGCAGAAAUGUUGGUGGCAGAAAUGUUGGUGGCAGAAAUAUUGGUGGCAGAAAUGUUGGUGGCAGAAAUGUUGGUGGCAGAAAUGUUGGUGGCAGAAAUGUUGGUGGCAGAAAUGUUGGUGGCAGAAAUGUUGGUGGCAGAAAUGUUGGUGGCAGAAAUGUUGGUGGCAGAAAUGUUGGUGGCAGAAAUGUUGGUGGCAGAAAUGUUGGUGGCAGAAAUGUUGGUGGCAGAAAUGUUGGUGGCAGAAAUGUUGGUGGCAGAAAUGUUGGUGGCAGAAAUGUUGGUGGCAGAAAUGUUGGUGGCAGAAAUGUUGGUGGCAGAAAUGUUGGUGGCAGAAAUGUUGGUGGCAGAAAUGUUGGUGGCAGAAAUGUUGGUGGCAGAAAUGUUGGUGGCAGAAAUGUUGGUGGCAGAAAUGUUGGUGGCAGAAAUGUUGGUGGCAGAAAUGUUGGUGGCAGAAAUGUUGGUGGCAGAAAUGUUGGUGGCAGAAAUGUUGGUGGCAGAAAUGUUGGUGGCAGAAAUGUUGGUGGCAGAAAUGUUGGUGGCAGAAAUGUUGGUGGCAGAAAUGUUGGUGGCAGAAAUGUUGGUGGCAGAAAUGUUGGUGGCAGAAAUGUUGGUGGCAGAAAUGUUGGUGGCAGAAAUGUUGGUGGCAGAAAUGUUGGUGGCAGAAAUGUUGGUGGCAGAAAUGUUGGUGGCAGAAAUGUUGGUGGCAGAAAUGUUGGUGGCAGAAAUGUUGGUGGCAGAAAUGUUGGUGGCAGAAAUGUUGGUGGCAGAAAUGUUGGUGGCAGAAAUGUUGGUGGCAGAAAUGUUGGUGGCAGAAAUGUUGGUGGCAGAAAUGUUGGUGGCAGAAAUGUUGGUGGCAGAAAUGUUGGUGGCAGAAAUGUUGGUGGCAGAAAUGUUGGUGGCAGAAAUGUUGGUGGCAGAAAUGUUGGUGGCAGAAAUGUUGGUGGCAGAAAUGUUGGUGGCAGAAAUGUUGGUGGCAGAAAUGUUGGUGGCAGAAAUGUUGGUGGCAGAAAUGUGGUGGCAGAAUGUUGUGGCAGAAAUGUUGGUGGCAGAAAUGUUGGUGGCAGAAAUGUUGGUGGCAGAAAUGUUGGUGGCAGAAAUGUUGGUGGCAGAAAUGUUGGUGGCAGAAAAUGUUGGUGGCAGAAAUGUUGGUGGCAGAAAUGUUGGUGGCAGAAAUGUUGGUGCAGAAAUGUUGGUGGCAGAAAUGUUGGUGGCAGAAAUGUUGGUGGCAGAAAUGUUGGUGGCAGAAAUGUUGGUGGCAGGAAUGUUGGUGGCAGAAAUGUUGGUGGCAGAAAUGUUGGUGGCAGAAAUAAAUGUGGUGGCAGAAUGUGGUGCAGAAAUGUUGGUGGCAGAAAUGUUGGUGGCAGAAAUGUUGGUGGCAGAAAUGUUGGUGGCAGAAAUGUUGGUGACAGAAAUGUUGGUGGCAGAAAUGUUGGUGGCAGAAAUGUUGGUGGCAGAAAUGUUGGUGGCAGAAAUGUUGGUGGCAGAAAUGUUGGUGGCAGAAAUGUUGGUGGCAGAAAAUGCAUCAGACGAGCCAACAGGGAGGAAGGCGAAGGUGGAACCAACGAAUGAAGGCAUGCUUACCAAGCGGAACCGCACUGCACACCUGUGGGUAGCUCCCGUGGCAGCAGCGGCAGGCGCAGCACGAGCAGGGCCAUGA